UCUGUUUCUCCACAUUUUUUUUCACAUGGGGGAACCAACAAAUCUAUAUGCAGUCCCAUACAAAAUAUAUAUGGAUAAUAAACACCAAUUCCGUUAUCAAUUUCACAUUUGAUUUUAUUUAUUUAUUAUUUUUAUGUAUUGUUAAAGGCUGAUUUGAGCCUUAAAGUUUUGUAAAAUAUAUGAAUGUGAAUAAUUCUAUUUUAACCAUUUAUUAUCACUUUCUUUUCUCUUUAAUUGAAUUCUUAAAAGUUAGAUUUUGAAAAAAGGUUUACUCUAUCAAUAGUAAAUAUGGCACAACAAAAAUAUGCGUUAAUUUCUGGUGCUUCAUCAGGUAUUGGAUACCAAUUGGCUAUUUCAUUAUCUAAACGAGGUUAUAAAGUAUUUGGAUGUGUUCCUGAAUUUGCUAUAUGGGAAAUGAAACCUUUAGCUGAGAAAUAUGGAGUAGUUCCUUUUGUUUGUGAUAUUUCAAAGCUUGAAGAUAUUAAAAAGGCAGCUGAAUUUAUAAAAGAACAAACUGGAGGUAGAUUAGAUAUUUUGUAUAAUAAUGCUGGUAUUUCAUUUGGAGGUCCAAGUGUUGAAUUCGAUGAUGAUGCUUUAGUUCGUCUUUUCAAUGUCAAUACAUUAGGUCAUAUUUAUAUGACUAAAUAUAUGAUUGAUUAUGUUAUUGAAACUAAAGGGAUUGUUGUUUAUACUGCUUCUAUUGCGGCAAGAGCUCCAUUAUCAUGGAUUGGUCCUUAUUGUGCCACUAAAGCAGCCAUUGAUCAAUAUGCUAAAGUCCUUCAUAUGGAAAUGGAACCAUUUGGAGUUAGAGUUCAUUCUGUUAUUACGGGUGGGGUUGAUACUGCUAUUUGUGAUUCUAAUGUAAAGAAUUCCGUAGCAGGAUCAAGAUUCGAUGUUCCAGGAAUCUAUGAAAGUUUAAGUGCUUCAUGUACCAUGUCCAGAGAUCUUAGUAUUUCUCCUGAAUCUUAUGCUGAACAAGUGGUUUCAACCAUUACUAGAAAGUAUGAUCCUGGAUUUAAUAUUUAUAGAGGUGCUUUAGCUUAUUUUACUCACUUUGCAUCUAGAUUCUUACCAGUAUGGGUACUUAAUUUAGGAGUUGCUUAUCAUUUCAAACAAUUAGUUGUUUUACGUAAUCUUAGAAAAAGAACUGCAUUGCAAGCUAAGCAAGCAAAGCAAAAGCAAGCUUAAGUAGUUAUUGAUUUUAUAUGUGUUUAGUAACUAAAUUAAUUAAUUAAUUUUUAGCUAUAAAUAGACUCACGUGACAGAUUUUAUCCCCUUUUUGUGAUUUUGUUUAUACGAAAAUGAGAGGUGGUUAAAAAAAAAAAAGAAUUGAAACUGACAUGCAAUAUUUACAAUAUAUACUUGGGUUUACCACAUAGAUCAACUUUGUAUCUAUUAUUAUCAUUACUA